AUGACGACUAUUAAACCUGCGUAUGCGCAACUCACCGGAAGUUUGCGAGUAGUGGGGACCGGGAGUGGGGAGAAACUCCUGGAUCUCGGAGAGGGAGCGACACCUCGGAGUCAGGGUGGGACUGCCGAGCGGUACAGUCUCUCCUUCGUCGAUAGUCCAACAAACACAAUGGCGGAUAAGGACAAGAAAGUAAAGAAGAAGAAGGCGAAGGAAGAUGCGCCCGCAGAAGAGGCUCCAGCUGCGGCGCCCGCUGCGCCCGCGUCGGGUGGCGGAAGCGAUAGGCAAUCCUCUCGCGGAAGCCGCAAGGCCAAGCGCACAGGCUCCAAUGUCUUCUCCAUGUUCACACAGAAGCAGGUCGCCGAAUUCAAGGAGGCCUUCCAGCUAAUGGACCACGACAAGGACGGCAUCAUCGGCAAGAACGACCUCCGCGCCACCUUCGACUCGCUCGGCAGGCUCGCCUCCGAGAAGGAGCUGGACGAGAUGGUGAACGAGGCCCCCGGCCCGAUCAACUUCACCCAGCUCCUCACCCUCUUCGCGAGCCGCAUGUCCGGCGGUUCCGAUGAGGAUGAUGUCGUCAUCAACGCUUUCAAGACCUUCGACGAGGAAGGCAAGAUCGACUCCGAGAGAUUGAGGCACGCGCUCAUGACCUGGGGCGACAAGUUCUCCGCCGAGGAGGUCGACGAGGCGUACGACCAGAUGGACAUCGACGACAAGGGCUUCAUUGACACCACCAAGCUCAUCAGCAUGCUCACCGCCAGCGCUGAGGAAGAGGAAGGCGGUGAAGCCGCGUAAAAGUUCCAACUGUAAAGGUCUGAAGCCAGCAGUCGCCGCCCGACCGGGGUCUACCACGGAUUCGCCAACACCCGAACCGUUUACACUUAUUUAUAUAAUUUAUUGUUUCCAUUUUUUUAUUUAUAUAUAAUGAAAAUAUAGUUCUACUAUUACCAACUCGUGUAGUACUAUCCCCAUCGUGAAAUGUGACCCGCAAGACAUAUAUUUUGUAAAGAAUACUAUGUAUUCGGUUUUUAAUAAAGUUUAAAUCAAGUCUGA